AUGAGUAAGACGGCUGCGGAAGCGGAUGUGGAUAACCAAGUUUUUGUACAUAAUACCGGAUGUCAAGACGCGGACUGCUUGUACAAUCUGACACCAGAACAUGUGCUUGCCAGCGUGCCAUGGGAGGAGUUCCCGUACUGGGCGAUGAGAGAUCUCACUGGAAUCCCAGCUCAAGAUCGCUUUAAUGGCGCUCUUCCGGUUGUCGAUGGUACCACAUCCCAUGAAGUAAGUUUAGAGUCUAGUCCGCAAGAGGUCACCAACUGGACAUGGGAAGAUAACAAGUAUCAGGACUAUGUCCGCCAUGCGUUACUCCCCUUUGGUGACGUCAUAGCGGAGACCGCGCUUAAGCUCUACCCAGAAAACGUGCACACUCCAGAAUUUCAACUCGCUAGUCUAGUAACAGACCUCAGAGUGACGUGUGGAAAAGAUUAUCUGGCUCUAGUAAUGACGACUUCUUUUACUUCACCGGUGUUCAGAUACAGAGCAGAAUAUGCGCCCUCUGCUCCAAUGAAGGCGUUUUGGGUAAUGCUUCCCGCGAGAUUCGCCUUUCACGGCAUCGACAUGUUCGCUUUCUUUAAAACCAUGGGACUCAUGAUUGACAACAUGACGGACGGGGACAGGCAGUGGGAGGUCAACGUGCAGCAGGAAAUUUUGAGUUUCAUGCAUACCGGAAGGCCUUUUACGGCCGACUGGGGAAUGUUUCCCGGCCAAACGGCAGUGCUUAGUGAUAAUACAACGGUUACGGCUGGGUACCACACUGCAGAGUGUCUCUUCUGGUUAAAGAACGGGUUCUUCUCCUACUCGUGGAUAAAUUGA